AUGAGGGAAAUUGUCCACAUCCAGGCUGGCCAGUGUGGAAACCAAAUUGGAACUAAGUUUUGGGAAGUGAUCAGUGAUGAACAUGGCAUCGACCCAGCAGGAGGCUACGCUGGUGACUCAGCACUGCAGCUGGAGAGAAUCAAUGUCUACUAUAAUGAAUCAUCCUCACAGAAAUAUGUACCCAGAGCAGUCUUAAUGGACUUGGAGCCAGGAACCAUGGACAGUGUGAGAUCUGGUCCGUUUGGUCAACUGUUUCGACCUGAUAAUUUCAUCUUUGGACAAACAGGUGCAGGAAAUAACUGGGCCAAAGGACACUAUACAGAAGGAGCAGAGCUGGUAGAUUCAGUGCUUGAUGUUGUAAGAAAAGAAUGCGAACACUGUGAUUGCUUGCAAGGAUUUCAGCUCACUCAUUCCCUUGGAGGAGGAACAGGUUCUGGCAUGGGAACGCUACUAAUCAGCAAAAUCCGAGAGGAAUAUCCCGAUAGGAUAAUGAAUACAUUUAGUGUCAUGCCCUCUCCAAAAGUCUCUGACACAGUGGUGGAGCCUUAUAAUGCUACACUCUCAGUCCACCAGCUGGUUGAAAACACAGAUGAAACCUACUGCAUUGAUAAUGAAGCUUUGUAUGACAUUUGUUUCCGCACCCUGAAGCUCACCACCCCGACGUAUGGAGAUUUAAACCAUUUGGUGUCUGCUACAAUGAGUGGAGUAACUACAUCGUUGCGUUUUCCAGGCCAGCUGAAUGCUGACCUUCGAAAACUGGCAGUAAAUAUGGUGCCAUUCCCACGCCUUCACUUUUUCAUGCCAGGGUUUGCUCCUUUGACAGCCCGAGGCAGUCAGCAAUACCGAGCACUCACUGUUCCAGAGCUCACUCAACAGAUGUUCGAUGCCAAAAACAUGAUGGCAGCAUGUGACCCAAGACAUGGACGAUAUUUAACAGUGGCAACAGUAUUCCGAGGUCCCAUGUCCAUGAAAGAGGUUGAUGAGCAGAUGCUGGCCAUCCAAAACAAGAACAGCAGCUACUUUGUGGAAUGGAUCCCAAAUAAUGUCAAAGUGGCAGUUUGUGACAUCCCACCCCGUGGCCUCAAGAUGGCCUCCACCUUCAUUGGCAACAGCACAGCUAUUCAAGAGCUCUUCAAAAGGAUCUCUGAGCAGUUCUCUGCCAUGUUCAGGAGAAAGGCUUUCCUCCAUUGGUUUACAGGAGAAGGGAUGGAUGAGAUGGAAUUUACAGAAGCAGAAAGCAACAUGAAUGACCUGGUUUCGGAGUACCAGCAGUACCAAGAAGCUACGGCAAAUGAUGGAGAGGAAACAUUUGAAGAUGAUGAGGAAGAGAUCAAUGAAUAA